GUGAUUUGUAUUCAAUUCAACUUAUUCCAAAGCACCACAGUAUAUUUCAACAUAAAUGUCUAGUGCCAAUAUACAUCUAUUAGUAGAAAACAGGUCAUGUUGGAAAAAAAAAAAAAAAGAUUUCCAUCUGAUCAUUUGUGUCCUCCUCUGGAGCAUGAUGGCUGUAUUGUUCCUGUGUGUGGUUUAGGGAAUUAGUGGGCGGAGUCAGGACACGAGUGCCGGCUACGCGGCCAAUCAAACGUCGAGGUGUGGCUCUUGUGGGCGCGGUCUCUGUCAAAGAGGCGGGACUAGAAGCGGAAGUGUGCUUCGGUUGAUCUCUCACUGUCAUUCGGCCACGGUCGGCUUCAGGAGAAGGGGGCAAGCCAAAGCUCACUCACUCACAUCCACAAGGACUCAGGCUGGAUAAAAAUAGUGAAACCAAGCUUAAAAUGAAACCGACCGAAUAAGGCUUGCAACACAACGUAACGGAGAGAAUUUGACGCGUUGCCAAGGCUGAGCGAAUCCCCUUCGGAUGACACGGUCCACAUUCGAGGCAAAGCGGUGUCAUUGAGCAGGCAGGACACGUCAAGAGAAGGGAGGAGAGAGAGAGAGAAAAAAAAGCUGACCGACUGCACUGUACGACUCAAGCUAUUAAAUCGCCUCCGCCGGCCUUAAGACAUCCUUUCAAGGACACCAGCCUGCUGUCAUCCCGACGGAAGGUUCCCGACAAAGACGUCGCCGAGGUCGGAGUUGGUGAUCACAAGGACCAAACGAUCACGGGAUAUUAUUUGUGUGUGAGGGGGGAGCAAACAAAUGGGGGAUUACGGGUUCGGAGUCCUGGUUCAAAACAACACUGGUAACAAAUCUGCGUUCCCGGUCCGAAUCCACCCGCAUCUGCAGCCCUCACACCACCACCAAAAUGUGUCGCAGAGCCCCGCUGCAUUCAUAAACAGCACCACAGCCGCGGGGAAUGGCACCACGACGGGCUCCCCCUGGCUCUUCCCUGCCUCGGCCACCCACAGCAGUGUGCAAGACGAAAUCCUGGGCGGGCCAGAGAAGCCCAAAGCGCAGCAGCAACAAGAAAUGCAAGAAACGCAAGAAAAGCAGCUGUCCCCUGGGAGUCACCAGGAGGGUGGAGGUGGUGGGGGUGGGAUUAUUUCAGAACUGGAAAAAGGCCGGUCGGAGGACAGCAAGACGGACAGCGGAUCGCCUGAAGGAAGCACCGGGAAAGAGAAGCAGAUCCGCCUUGAGUCUCCGGUUUUGACAGGCUUCGAUUACCAGGAGACAUCCGGUCUGGGCGGCCCGGUCCAAUCCAGUACCACCUCGUCGUCGCUCACCGGCUUCAACAAUUGGUCGGCAGCCAUUCCGCCGGCGCCGUCGACCAUCAUCAACGAGGACGUCAGCUUCUUUAACCCGGCAUCCGCCAACAACGGCACACUGCUGUUCCAGAACUUCUCCCAUCAUGUCAGCCCGGGCUUCGGCAGCAACUUUUCCCCUCAGAUAGGACCGGCCGCUGCCCUUUCGCAGCACCACCCGGCUCCCCCGCCGCACCCCCACUUCCAGCACCCCCACAACCAACACCAGCAGCACCGGCGCUCGCCCGCCUCCCCGCAUCCUCCUCCACCCUUUCCACACAGGAAUCCGCCCUUCAACCAGUUGCCACAUUUGUCCAACAGCCUGAGCAAGCCCCCGUCCCCCUGGGGCCCGGCCAGCUACCAGAGCCCCUCUCCCUCCCCGGGCUCCUCCACCUCCUGGAGUCCAGGAGGCGGCUACGGAAGUGGCGGCGGUGGCUGGGGAGGAUCUCAGGGCCGAGAUUAUCGCCGAGGUCUCAAUGGUGGCAUGACUCCGAUCAACUCCAUCUCGCCACUGAAGAAGACCUUCCUGAACAACCACGUGGCGUCCCAGAAGUACCCUCGCAACAGUCCCGCUGGCUUCAACCCCAAGUCCUGGAUGGAUGACGGCGUCGGUCGCAGUGAUAACAUCUUCCCUUUCCAGGAGCGCACCAGGUCGUUUGACAGUUUCAACAUGAACACUCUGGAAAGUUCCCUGAUCGACAUCAUGCGGGCUGAGCAGGACAACCUGAAAGGUCGUCUGGGGUUCCCCCAUCCUGGCGGGGACAACCCGCUGCCCCUCAAUGCCAGGAGUUAUAGCAGGAGACGAGGCCAUUCCUCCCUCUUUCCCAUGGAGGAUGGCUUCCCUGAUGACGAGCGUGGCGAUCAGGGUCUGGCAGGCCUGGGCUCUCCACACUGCUUUCCUCACCAGAAUGGCGAACGCGUAGAGCGCUACUCACGGAAGGUCUUUGUGGGAGGAUUGCCCCCAGAUAUAGAUGAAGAUGAGAUAACUGCCAGUUUCCGGCGUUUUGGACACCUGUUUGUCGACUGGCCUCAUAAAGCCGAGAGCAAGUCUUACUUCCCUCCUAAAGGUUACGCCUUCCUGCUCUUCCAGGACGAGAGCUCUGUGCAGGCUUUGAUUGACGCCUGCAUCGAGGAGGACGGAAAGUUGUACCUGUGCGUCUCCAGUCCCACCAUCAAAGACAAGCCGGUCCAGAUCCGCCCGUGGAACUUGAACGACAGUGAUUUUGUAAUGGACGGAUCUCAGCCUUUGGACCCAAGGAAAACAAUUUUUGUUGGCGGUGUCCCUCGCCCGCUUCGUGCAGUGGAACUGGCCAUGAUCAUGGACCGCCUGUACGGCGGUGUCUGCUACGCCGGCAUCGACACGGAUCCCGAGCUGAAGUACCCGAAAGGAGCUGGGCGGGUCGCCUUCUCUAAUCAGCAGAGUUACAUUGCUGCUAUCAGUGCUCGCUUUGUGCAGCUGCAGCAUGGAGAAAUCGAUAAACGGGUGGAAGUGAAGCCAUACGUGCUGGACGACCAGCUGUGCGACGAGUGCCAGGGGACUCGCUGCGGCGGCAAGUUUGCGCCGUUCUUCUGCGCCAACGUCACUUGCCUGCAGUACUACUGCGAGUACUGCUGGGCGGCCAUCCACUCGCGCGCCGGCCGUGAGUUCCACAAGCCGCUGGUGAAGGAGGGCGGUGACCGGCCGCGUCACAUCUCGUUCCGCUGGAACUGAGCGGCGGCAGGGAGCAGGAUGGCAAAG